AGGUGCUUCACCGAGUCCUGCCUGCUGCAGAUGAGGAGUUGAGCUCAGAGGUGCUGUGCUGGCUCAGCAGUUCAGCCAGGUGCCACGGAGCUCUCUGUUGGUGCUUACCACAGUGAGGUAGCCCUAGCGUGCCAAGGGGAAGAGCUUGGGAGAGCACUGUGUCCAUUCGCUGCUCAUUUCUUCUUUGUCAUGAGACCUCUGAGAAGCUUAUGACAGCGCAGAGGAUCCCAGCAUCUGCGGGCUGGAGCCUUGUCCACCAGCACCUGACCCCAGCGUGGCCUCUGAGGCACAUUCCCCUCAGCACACACUUCUGACACAUACGCAUGUCUGCAGACAGAACUGUGGAACCAUGCUUCCUGCCGCAGCUGACAGCACAGUGGAAUGUUCUGGUUCCUGAGCAUUACAACACCUAGUGGCCAGAUUUCCCCAGUGGAAAGAGCUUAUUUAAACAGUUUUCGCAAGCUGGGGCCCAAACUCAGCUCUGCACUGCCCUCGCCAACUUGCCUGAGUCUUUUCCCUGGCAGUGUGCCGUGCUGUGAGCCUGGCGGCCUCUGCCUGUGACUGUGUCCCAGGUGUCCCUGCCACGUCAGUUCUCAGCUCCUGCAGCACUAUGAGCGGAAGACACUUGGAUAUUUUAAUAGCUCUGCCAGGUGGUGCAUGAAGUCCACUGAGCAGGUCCAGGAAGAGCCACACGAAGGGACAGGGCAUGUGGCCAGCACUCAGCAUGACACUGGUCUCCACCAUGGCCUCAGUCACCUCAGGCAUGGGUCUGACUGGUGUUCUGCUUGUCCCUCUGUGCUGUCUGACAUUCCAGCCCCUCAUUCCCAGAGCUCCUGGUACCUUUCUGAGGGACACAGUGUGAAACCAUGGUGUGGCACCAAUCUAGGCCUUGUCAGCAUUCUUUUUUGUGGGAGUGGCAGGGUACUUGGGAUUGAACUCAUGGGUGCUCUGCCUCCUCAGUCUUUUUUUUUUUUUUUUGAGACAGGGCUUCCCUAAGUUGCCCAUUGCAGUCCUUAUACCUCAGCCUCCCAAGUUGCUGGUAUUACAGGUGUGUGCCACGCACGAGGUCCCUUGUCAGCAUUUCUAAGGCAGGUUCUUCUGCAUUGUGUUUGUCUUAAACUGAAGAAAUGGUAAUCUAAGGAUGAUAACUGGCUGACGGACAGCCGUACUAUUGUCACCACCCGCACUGCCAUUACUAAAAGAGAUUGAGGGUUUCUUUGCAGUGAUUACCACAUUGCUGUGUCCUGAAAUGGACUUCAGGAGUUUGGUACUACCUGACCUGAUCCACUCCCGCUUGCUCUCAGUGCUGGGGGUGGCGGGGUCUCCUGUGUGCCUGCCCUGCUUGCUAUUUUUGUUUUGUUCAUCAAGGCUGCCGGCCUCUCCCCAGCCAGGCCCCACCCAAAAAGACCCUAGACUUCAGUAGCCAGUGUCAAGGUGGGAAGCCUCAGGUCCUACUCCAGCGCCAUUGUGCCAAGAGCCCUGAGCCCUGUCCUGGGGCCUCUGUGAGGACCAUGUCCUAUCUCCUCAGGCGUCCAUCGGUCGGGAAGCCAAGUCCCAGACAUGGAGGUGGAGGAGCAGCCACCUCAGGAGGCUGAUGGGGAGCCCGUCCUGACAUCAGGGGCCUCGGGGUCAGUGCCCAGGGUGCUUUCCGGAGAACCCCAGAACCUGUCUGACGUGGAUGCCUUCAACCUGCUCCUGGAGAUGAAGCUGAAACGGCGGCGAGAGCAGCCCAACCUGCCUCGCACUGUGACCCAGCUGGUGGCUGAGGACGGGAGCCGGGUGUAUGUGGUGGGCACUGCCCACUUCAGUGAUGACAGCAAGCGGGAUGUUGUGAAGACCAUCCGGGAGGUGCAGCCUGAUGUGGUGGUGGUGGAGCUCUGCCAAUACCGUGUGUCCAUGCUGAAGAUGGAUGAGAGGACGCUGCUGCGUGAGGCCCGGGAGGUCAGCCUAGAGAAGCUUCAGCAGGCUGUGAGGCAGAACGGACUCAUGUCUGGGCUCAUGCAGAUGCUGCUGCUGAAGGUGUCUGCCCACAUCACAGAGCAACUGGGCAUGGCCCCUGGCGGAGAGUUCAGGGAGGCCUUCAAGGAGGCAAGUAAGGUGCCUUUCUGCAAGUUCCACCUGGGUGACCGACCCAUCCCAGUCACCUUCAAGAGGGCCAUCGCUGCACUCUCCUUCUGGCAGAAGGUCAAGCUGGCCUGGGGCCUGUGCUUCCUGUCAGACCCAAUCAGCAAGGACGAUGUGGAGCGCUGCAAGCAGAAGGACCUGCUGGAGCAGAUGAUGGCCGAGAUGAUCGGGGAGUUCCCUGACCUGCACCGCACCAUCGUCGCGGAGCGCGACGUCUACCUGACCCACGCGCUGCGGCAGGCCGCCCGGCGCCUUGAGCUGCCACGCGCCUCUGAAGCCGAGCCUAGGAAGUGUGUCCCUUCCGUGGUCGUGGGCGUCGUGGGCAUGGGCCAUGUGCCCGGCAUCGAGAAGAACUGGAGCACCGACCUCAACAUCCAGGAGAUCAUGACCAUCCCCCCGCCGUCCAUCUCGAGCAGAGUGUCCAGGCUGGCCUUGAAGGCCGCCUUCUUCGGCCUGCUGGGCUACGGCCUGUACUGGAUGGGCCGCCGCACCGUGAGCCUGGUCCUGUCGCUGCCCGCUAUGCAGUACUGCCUCCAGAGGGUGUCUGAGUCCCGGCCGCGCCAGUAGGCAGCCCGCG